CGCCACGCUCUCGCGAUGUCCUCCGGCGGCGCGCGCGCCACGGAUGAUGUCGUUCCAAUGAACCCAUUCCAGCGCUCCGACGCCCCGAGCGCGCCGAGCCAGAGCGCAGAACCGUUUCCCGCGAUCGGCAAUCCCGUCUUCACCCCGCGUGCCGACGAUGCGGAAACGAACGAGCCGUGGUACUCGCGCUCACCCAAGCUGUUCACCAUCAUGGGCAUCGACGUGCACGUGAGUCCGCUUUUAUACACCUACAUCGUGUUCACGCUGGUGCUCGCCGCGUUUUCGGCGAGUUUCUUCCUUUUCGCGCUGCAGGCGUUCGCUAGCGUGUUGCUCUUCUUCACGGUGCUGGUGCACGAGCUCGGACAUUGCGCGGCGGCGCGCGCGGUAGGAGGACAGGUGAGUCAUAUUUUGCUCUGGCCGCUCGGGGGACUAGCAUACGUGAACGUCGACGCGACGGACGCCAAGGGAGACUUUUUUGUCUCGUUCGCGGGUCCAUUGACGCACGCGCCGAUGCUCGCCGGAUGGGUGGCGAGUUUUGCGUUGGCCACUGGGAGCACGGACAUCAGCGAGUGGCCUCGAGAUAAUUUUGUGGGAGCACUCGCGUACGAAGGAUGUUGGCUGAACAUUUUCUUGUUCUUAUUCAACGUGUGCAUCCCGGCGUAUCCAUUAGAUGGCUGCCGCAUGCUGAUGGCGCUCUUGGCCAUGUGCUCUGUGUCUUUGACUACGACGGCGACGACCAUCAUUUGCCUCUCCACCGUGAUGAGUUUGGGAGUGAUAGCUUAUGGAUUCUGGCUCGUUCGGGUUAUGCCAGUUUUUGUGGGUGCGUUUACGCUGGCAGAGACGUAUAAGCUGUACACGCUUCUCAAGAGCGGCGCGUUAGAGGAACAUCCGAGCUUUGCGAAGUACAAUGCUAUGAGUGGGAGGCGCAACACGAACACGUCGUGGAACGUGCAGGCCGUAUAAAGUCGACUAAACAGAAUUUGUAUG